GCGGGUGGGUUGCCCCUCCCCACGCUAGGCAGCAGCCUAGAACAGGGGCUACUGGGUCAGCUGGCCGCCGGCCCUGAGCCCCGAUUCCCACCCUGGCGGAGGAGGCGGGCCGCGCGGGCCUGCGGGAAUCACUGCCCUCCACGGCACAGUCACUCCUUGGAGGGGGGACCCUUCCGUCCCCCGGGGUUGCCGAGGCCAAGCACUCAGCCCCAGGCUGAGCAGAUCCCCGAAGGGCCCCACACCCAGCCCCGGGGCCGCGAGGCCUGAGGAUGGGUGCAGGGGGCGGGGCCUGGGCUUGCCAGGCUGGGUAACGGCACCUCUUGGCCUCCCCUGCGGCCUGGCCAGCCUGCGAGCGGGCGCGGGAGCGGGCAGGGGAGCGACCCAGAAGGGCGGAAGGAGCUCUGGCCAGGCACCCACGGCCUGCCGGUCCUCAGGCCGCACCAGCCCCUCAGCACAGCACCCCCUCACCAAGGACAUGAAGCUGUUGGAGAAUUCGAGCUUUGAGGCCAUCAACUCGCAGCUGACGGUGGAGACUGGCGACGCCCACAUCAUUGGCAGGAUCGAGAGCUACUCCUGCAAGAUGGCGGGGGACGACAAGCACAUGUUCAAGCAGUUCUGCCAGGAGGGCCAGCCGCACGUGCUGGAGGCGCUGUCCCCGCCCCAGACCUCAGGCCUCAGCCCCAGCAGGCUGAGCAAGAGCCAAGGCGGAGAGGACGAGGGUCCCCUCAGCGACAAGUGUAGCCGCAAGACCCUCUUCUACCUGAUCGCCACGCUCAACGAGUCCUUCCGGCCCGACUACGACUUCAGCACGGCCCGAAGCCACGAGUUCAGCCGGGAGCCCAGCCUCAGCUGGGUGGUGAACGCCGUCAACUGCAGCCUGUUCUCUGCAGUGCGGGAGGACUUCAAGGCCCUGAAGCCGCAGCUGUGGAACGCGGUGGACGAGGAGAUCUGCCUGGCCGAGUGCGACAUCUACAGCUACAACCCGGACCUGGACUCGGACCCCUUCGGGGAGGACGGCAGCCUCUGGUCCUUCAACUACUUCUUCUACAACAAGCGGCUGAAGCGCGUCGUCUUCUUCAGCUGCCGCUCCAUCAGCGGGUCCACCUACACCCCCUCAGAGGUGGGCAACGAGCUGGACAUGGAGCUGGGCGAGGAGGAGGAGGAGGAGGAGGAGGACGGCGGCGGUGGAGGCGGCGCGGCGGCACCUGAGGAGACCAGCGCCAUGGAGGAAGACAGGGUCCCCGUGAUCUGUAUGUGAGGGCAGGAGCAGAGCCCCGGCUUCACCCAGCUUCACCCAACACUGGUCCUGCCCGGGGACGGCCCCAGGACCCCCCAGCUGCUGGCGGGACCCCGGCACAGCCACAGCCGCACCAGGCCAUGCCCGCCUAGCUCUCUGGCUCCGGCCUAUGGAUGUCCACUCGCCCCACCGGUUCCUGUCGUCCUUGACCGGACAGGCCGGCACAGGUCUGCCCCAGGACUGACACAGCAGGGCAGAGGAACCCCAGAGUUUAUUUUUAUAUUUUGUACUGGGUCAGGCCCGGGUCUGUACACUCCAGCCCAGAGGGCCCAAGACCCGGCGAGCAGGCCCCAGUGGUCAUCCACCGGCGCUUGGGCUGCCCGGCGCCCGCCUGGACCCGCAUCCUGCCCGCCGGGCCGCGUGCACUGAGUGUCACUUUGCUGCAGCUCGUUUGUUUCCAAUAAAAGUUUCUGUGACUUAC